AUGUCUGAAGCUUCUUCUUUGCUCAUACCCAAAACAAACUCUCCAGCUUCAUCGGAUUUAAUGGCAAACAAAUCCCUUAAUGGCCUCCAAAGUCUUAUAAAGCUUCUCCCAACAGGAACACUCUUCAUCUACUUAUUACUCAACCCUAUUCUCACUAACGAUGGUGAAUGUUCCACAACUAAUAAGGUCAUGUCAAGCAUUCUUGUCGCUCUUUGCAGCUUCUCUUGCGUUUUCUCAUGCUUCACCGAUAGUUUCAAAGGCGUUGACGGAUCAAGAAAGUAUGGUAUAGUCACCAAGAAGGGUCUUUGGACUUACGCGGAACCAGGAUCCGUAGAUUUGUCCAAGUUCAAGCUCAGGAUCUCGGAUUUUGUUCACGCGGUUUUCGUGGUACUUGUGUUUGCGACACUGGUGUUGCUUGAUGCUAAUACCGCAAACUGCUUUUAUCCGCGGUUUAGGGAAACACAAAAGACUUUGGUCAUGACUUUGCCUCCAGCCGUGGGGGUUGCCUCGGCCAGUAUCUUCGCUUUGUUUCCAAGCAAACGAAACGGAAUCGGGUAUGCUCCGGUUGAUGAGGAGGAGGAGACCAAGAAGGACUCUGUCGCUGUCUGA